CUCUCUGCUAGGUUCCUCCCAGGACCGAGUGAAGAUCCAAGCUGGGAGUAACCGGGGAGAGAGACACAAAUAAAGUUGCGGCGUGUUUAAAGACCGUAUCGCUUUUCACAGUCAUAGGACUGUGUGUGAAAUCUCAGCGUCAAAUCUGGGAUUCAAACAAACUAAAACUUAGCAGAAACGGGGUGAAGUUUUUGGAUUUUUGCCGUAGUGCGAUUGAUGACUUUUGUGGUUGACAGAAACCGGUAAACUUGUGUGUAGAUGUGUGACAGCGGAGUGUGUGAGGACAAGCCCCCCGCCCCCCCUGUCAGGAUGAGUAGCCAAGGAGGUGGAGCCAAGGACUCCCAGUCAGCCAAUCACAACUCUCGGCCACUGCCGUCUGUACCUGAGGAGAAGAAGCCCAGGAAUAAGAUCAUCUCUAUGUUUGCUUCAGAGAAAGGAGGCAGGAAAAAGGAUCGGGACAAGGACAGGCCUGAGAUCUCCUCCCCCUCAGACUUUGAACACACCAUCCAUGUGGGCUUUGAUGCUGUUACUGGAGAAUUCACUGGCAUGCCGGAGCAGUGGGCCCGUCUCCUUCAGACCUCCAACAUCAGUAAAUCGGAGCAGAAACAGAAUCCUCAGGCUGUCCUCGACAUUCUUAAGUUCUACGACUCCACCAGUGGAAAACAGAAAUACCUCAGUUUUUCCGCCUCGGAUAAAGACUCGCCAGGCAAGCAGACUGCCACCUCCCCGUCUGGCAAAGAUGGCGAUGACGACGAUGAUGAUGACACACCUCCCCCUGUUGUGGCACCACGGCCAGAACACACAAAAUCUGUAUACACAAGAUCAGUCAUUGAUCCAAUCCCAGCGACCGAGGCGGAUGGGGCCUUUAAGAAUGCAGACAAACAGAAAAAGAAAGGAGGAAAGAUGACCGAUGAGGAGAUCAUGGAGAAACUGAGAACUAUCGUCAGUAUUGGAGAUCCUAAGAAGAAAUACACUCGCUAUGAAAAGAUCGGCCAGGGGGCAUCUGGCACAGUUUACACAGCCAUAGAUGUUGCCACAGGACAAGAGGUGGCCAUCAAACAGAUCAACUUGCAGAAGCAGCCAAAGAAGGAGCUAAUUAUCAAUGAGAUCCUGGUCAUGAAGGAGUUAAAGAACCCCAACAUUGUCAACUUCCUAGAUAGUUUCCUGGUUGGCGACGAGCUUUUUGUGGUAAUGGAGUACCUGGCUGGUGGCUCUCUAACUGAUGUUGUGACGGAGACGUGCAUGGAUGAGGCUCAGAUUGCUGCCGUCUGCAGAGAGGUCCUUCAGGCUCUGGAGUUUCUACAUGCCAAUCAAGUUAUUCAUAGAGACAUCAAGAGUGACAAUGUUCUCCUGGGGAUGGAUGGAUCAGUAAAACUCACCGACUUUGGCUUCUGUGCUCAGAUCACCCCAGAGCAGAGCAAGCGCAGCACCAUGGUGGGGACUCCAUACUGGAUGGCUCCAGAGGUGGUGACCAGGAAAGCCUACGGACCCAAAGUUGAUAUUUGGUCUCUGGGGAUUAUGGCCAUAGAGAUGGUGGAAGGAGAGCCUCCAUAUCUGAACGAGAAUCCUCUCAGGGCAUUGUAUUUAAUUGCCACCAAUGGCACUCCUGAGCUGCAGAGUCCAGAGAAGCUAUCUCCCGUCUUCAGGUCCUUCCUGGCCCGUUGUCUGGAGAUGGACGUAGAGAAACGAGGUUCAGGCCGAGAACUGCUGCAGCAUCCAUUCCUGAAGGCGGCCAAACCUCUAUCCAGUCUCACCCCACUCAUCCUGGCAGCCAAGGAGGCCAUGAGGAGCAACCGCUAAAUCUCUCUAUGAAGAGACUAUAAGAGCAAAAACCAGGGACAUCCAAAUAGCCAUCACCGUUUUCUGAUCAAAAUACGACCAUCAGCAAUCUCCAACUGUUUAUUUCCACUUGUCUUAAAACGCUGCUCCACUCCUGCAGGUGUCUCUAUCUUACCUUUGUGCCUUGCUCCAAAGCUGCAUUCAGCCAUAUUGUAUUUUCUAUUUGUUUGCAGCCACAGCAUGUGUGUAUUAUGAUGUAUUAGGAAUGCAGUAUCAUCACUUUACACAUCAGGAAUAAUUUUCUUUACGAAUCAUAUUUUACUGCUUUGAGUUCUGCUGAAAUUUGUCAACAUUUCUCUGCAGCAUCUGUAGAUUUACAGCUUUUACUGAGGAUGAGCCUGAGAGGAAAAGAACAAGAGAGCAAAUGUGCUUUCAUUCUGGGAGUAUGGUAUGCAGCCUCUGCUGCUACUUUCUGUGGUUGCCAGCGGUUACAUGUGUUUUUUGUUGUCCAGUAGGUUUGGAUGUGGCAUGAAAAGCUAUAGUGUACUGAAACUGUGCUGUAAUGUGGUCCAGGGUGGGACAGUGCAGUCUUUGUGUCGUGAAAUAGGGCCGCGCCAGUGUCCUUGUUUUACCCUGAAUCUCACUGAAAAUCAUUCCAUAUAUUUGUGGGAUUUAAUGUUUUUCUUGCACUCCUUUCUUUUGUACACACAUCUUUAAGUAUUUUCUAUUAACAUUUUAUGCAUUUCAAGUCUUUCAAGCCUCAAACCACAAACGUUUAUUGUUCUCAGACUUUAUAAAAGAAUCUUCCUGUGCUGCCAGAAUAUACACAAACCCAAUUUUAUACAGUUUAGUGCAUAAAAGAAAAUAUUUUUAGUCCUCAGUACCUAAAGGCCACAUUUAUCUCAGCAUGAUGCCUCAUCUGUCUUCUGUCUGUCUUUAGCUUUUCCUACUGUAACACAAGCCUCAUAAUGUUGGUCUUUUGGUGUGUGUUAAACACAAAUACUGUAUGAAAAUGUUCAAAUGUUAAACUGGAGGAAGUGUCUUUUCAGUUUUUUUUGUAUAUUGUAUAAACUCCUGUAUUUUUAACAGCUGAUAGUAUGUAUAUCAUUGUUUUAUAUUUGUAACUAACACAGCAGGAGGCAAUUUAGUUUUGUUUUCAGGAUGUCUGUUUGUACCAUUGAGUUAUGCAGUUAUGGAUUAUAAUUCAUUACCAAGACACUUGAGAAUCACAGUAUUUGGAAAUGAUGUUUUAAUCUGAUUGGAGUACCAGAUGAGUUAAAAGUCAGUGGACAGUACUGAGUAAAAUGUGCCUUUAACAGAUGUUUGAAACACUCAUUGUGCUCAGCAGGUUGAUGCAAAGUAAACCGUACUAAACACCAGUUUGUUGUGUGUAAUCUGAACACACAUUCCAGUGAUUUAUUUAAUGAGGUUAAAGAGCACAAAAUUUAUGUGGUGUUCUUUGUCAUGAAACCAGCUUUUUUAAUUGAAUAAGAUCCACAGUGUUUGUAAAUUAUUAAAGUUGGAUGGAAAAGA